AGAAAAGGAGCUCCGUUUCAAACAACGAUGGGGGAAGUUUGCGAGAAGAACUGGAAGUCAUGUCUUUCUGUUGUUUGGAGAAUAAGUAACGUUUUAAUGUCCGUCUUCUUUGCUUUGGCUUCAUAUGUUCAGAUCAAUGACCCAGAUGCAGGUUUAUGGAUGGCGGGUUAUGGAGUUCCUGCGGUGCUUUGUGCAUUUAUUGGUUUCAGACCUCAUUUGACAGAGACUUUGCCCUGGAGGCGAGUUGCUGAUCUCCACCUAAUGAUCUCCAGUGCAGCUAUCUUCAUAUUAGGGUGGAAACUUUACAGAGAACAAGUCACGCAGAUCUUCCAGCAGGAGGAGGGCAGAGAAUUUUCUGGUCUAACGCUAACGGCUGUUUGGCUCCUUUUGUGUCGCCACUCUGGAAGAGGCCCUGUUGGGAUGCUGCGAGUCUCCACAGCUGUUGGCAUCACAGUUUUCCCGAUUGUGGCUUGGCUUUACUACCACUUCAAUAAGGAGCUGAGAUCAGACUGGCCUUCACACUGUAAAACUGCAAUUUAAAGGAGCUAUAUUUGAGGUUGUCUGCUUUUUAUAAACUUUUUUGUUGUCUGUUGGAAAGCCCGAUCCUUUACCAAAGAAAUGCUGUUUUUUGUGGACCUGCUUAAUAAAAAGGCAUUAAAAACAAUAAUU